CAAAUUAAUUUAAUUUAUCGAAAUUCAGAGAAACAUAUAAAAAUGGCCGUGGAAGAAAAUAAAGGCCCAAAAUUUGGUAUGCGUCACAUGCAAGCCUUUUUGAUAUUUUCAAAUAUCGUUGUGAUUUAUAUUAGCCGACUUAAUAUAGGAGUAGCAGUGGUGGCAAUGACACAUGCAGAAACAACAAAUCCAGAUUUUCCGGAAUACAAUUGGAACGAAAAAGAAGUAUCCUAUGUCCUCUCCAGUUUCUUUUGGGGCUACGUGCUGACUCAGUUCUUGGGAGGGGCAUUAUGCAAACGUUUCGGUGCAACAUUAACUCUUGGCUGGGGUACCUUCUCUACAGCGGUGUUGAGCGCCAUAACUCCAUGGUGUGUCAGCUGGGGUGGCUGGAAGGCGUUUUGUGUCAUUCGAGCCCUACAAGGUUUAUUCCAAGGCAUUCUCUUCCCCUCUAUACAUGGACAUUUGGCCAAAUGGUCUCCCGUACCGGAGCGUACCCUCUUGGGGGCUUUAAGUUUGACAGGCAUUGAUUGUGGCAAUGUCUUAUCGCUGGGUAUAAGCGGCCUCAUUGCCGAAGGGCCCAUGGGUUGGCCUGGCAUAUCAUAUGUCUCAGGCGGUUUGUGUUUUUUGUGGUGCUUGCUGUGGUUCAUAUUUGCUGCUGAUAAUGUUACCAAGUCCCGCUUUGCCUCACAAGCAGAAAAGCAUUACAUCGAAUCGUCUAUGGAGCGAUCGGAGGAUUUCCACAAGAAACGUAUUCCCACACCAUGGAAGGCGAUAUUCUUGUCGCUGCCCUUCAAUGCUUUUGUGGUGGCACGCUGCGCUGAAUCCUGGGGCCUUUCCAUAUUGCAGAUUCAGCUUCCCCUGUACAUGAAUGGUGUUUUGAAUAUGAAAAUCAAAUCGAAUGCUUUGUUUACGGCUCUUCCAUUUCUGGUGAUGUUUGGCUUUUCCUAUAUCUUUGUGUUUGUGGCAAAUAUUUUGCAGAGCAAAAAAAUCAUGUCCUUGUGGAAUAUUCGCAGAACUAUUAACACCAUAGCAUAUUGGAUACCAGCGCUGGGCUUGAUAGCUAUAGGCUUUCUGGAAGAGUCCCAAAAAACCUGGACCUUGGUGAUUAUGGCGGUUUGUGGUGGAGUUAAUAGUGGCGCAACCAUAGGCAGCUGUUUGAACACCAUUGAUCUGUCGGCCAAUCAUGCGGGAAUGCUGAUGGGCAUUGUUAAUACGGCGGCCAAUUUUAUGCCUCUGAUAACACCGCUAGUGGUGGGGGCAGUGGUCACCGAUGUGCACAACCGUUCCCAAUGGCAAAUUGUCUUCAUAAUUGCUGCGGCUGUAUUUUUCUUCUCCAAUUUAUUUUACAUCACAUGUGGCACCUCGGCAACGCAACCCUGGGAUGCUGCUGACUUUUUGGAACGAAAAGAUGCUGAAAACCCCAAACCCUCCAAGUCCUAUGUGCAAACAAAGAGUUUUUAUCGCAGAAGGGGUUCUUUCACCUUAACCAAGUAG